UUCCCCGAAAACCCACUACUCUCCUCACUCUCCUCACACUCAGAAAUCAAAACAAUCCGCAAACUCCUCUCUCCUCCUCUCUCCUCCUCUUUCCUCUCGCAAAGACACCAAAAUACGAAUAGUGUUAUCUCUGUAAUAUGAAGAAUAUUGGAGUUUCUGCUUCAGUGAAAGAUUUCUUCUGUUGCAAGCGCUAAUGUGCUGAGGAAAAAAAAUGGUCGGCUUCAUAUAGUUUUAUUUUUUUGUUUUCCCCUUUUUGUGGGUUUUGGGGAUGGCAAUGGGAAGUUCUUGCAAGCCGAACUGUAGAGGGAUCGAUGCAUCUGUCGGAGGCUUGGUUUGGGUCCGGCGACGGAAUGGGUCGUGGUGGCCUGGGCGGAUAUUGGGUGCAGAUGAGUUGCCAGAGACGUGGCUUCUUUCUCCAAGAUCUGGAACGCCCGUCAAGCUCCUCGGGAGAGAGGAUGCGAGCAUGGACUGGUAUAACCUGGAAACAUCCAAGCGUGUGAAAGCAUUCCGUUGUGGGGAGUAUGAUGAAUGCAUUGAAAAAGCCAAGGCUUAUGCAACUCAUGCCAAUAGAAAAGGCGUUAAGUAUGCUCGUAGAGAGGAAGCUAUUCUCCAAGCUCUGGAGCUUGAAUGUGCUCGUUUUGGACAUCAGGAAUAUCACUCGAAAGUGGGCAACUCAACAGGUACACUAUAUGAUAGUUUGAUCAGACAAUCACACAAAAUGUCUGGUCCUAGCAAAGAACAUGAUUCUGUGGCUGGAAUACUGAGCUACCCCAAAGGCGACUCAACACAAGAGUCAUCUCAAUCUGUUAUCUUGUUUGAACAACCAAAUCAUGCGAGUAUGUCUGAGGUACAUCUUAUGCAAAACAAGAGACGGAAAACCCCAAAUGAUUCGGAAGAUGACGGCACUGAAGGGACAAAGCGUAUGAAAGGUCUUCAGGACCUAGGGUUGAGGGUGGCAUCUAAAAGAAAACCCAAUAUGCAUUUCCCCUGUGAAGGAUCACUUGAGCUAGUUCUCCCAGACUGUGCUUCACUCACUGAGUCUAACAUUUGUAGCAGUUUGUCUACUCAUAGUCCUGUAAAUAGCAGCAAGGGUUCAUGUUCAACUCUGAAAAGAAGGUGCUCCCAGGUGUCCUAUGUUCCUGAAAACUUCAAAAGGAAAGAUCGCCGUCGCCCACUGACAAAGGUUAUGGAAAGUACAGCUAAGGUGGCCAUUCCUGGAUUUUUUGAUGGGGGUGCUUGUCCAGGCCAAUCAUCCCUUGAAGGAAUCGUAGAGGUCAAAGUUGAAUCUACUCUAUCAAAGAAAAACUUUUCAAUGGUUAUUAACAAUCAUUCGGACUCUAUGGGGACUUCAUGUGAGAAAGAGACAUCAUUUGAUGCAUCUGAACACACUUGCAAUGCUUCUGCUGAUGCCAACAAUUCCAUUUCACAUCAAGAAGAAAAGGAUAAUACAUUUUCCAGUGUGCUGGAAUCCCAUGACGAUGAUUGCUCUGAUGCCUUCUUGAAUGUGCCAUUUGUCAGGGAGGAAAAUGGAACUGGAGGUUUUUCUACUGCUUUGAAACCUUGUGCAUCCAGAAAGAUUGAAUCUGAUACAGCGGGAAAGCAAUCCAGUCAUUGUAAUCAAGUGGGUUUGAUACCAUUGAACAAUGAAGAGCUUGAUGAGACGGGCUCCACCAGUUUUGCAUCUCAUCUUAGUCAUGCCGAGCGGAGGAUGGAGAAACAAACUUCAAAGUGGCAGGUGAAAGGGAAGUGGCAUCCAAAAUCUGCUAGUAAAAACUCUUGCAAAAGUCCAGAUUCAAGGAGCUCCAAUCAAUCUGAGCAUAUGGAUGGGUCAUUUGUAGAUUUUGGUAGUAAAGUCAAUAGCAGCUCCUUUGAGUCCCUUACAUCAGACAACUGCAAUCAACUGGGGAAAUGCGGACUGGUUUCAGAAGAUCCGGGAGAUGGUUUGCUACACGGGAAUCGUCUAGUUUCCAAUACUCAGGCUCAGAUUGUGGGUCCGUCUGAAUUGGCUUUGGACAAUUCCAGGAGACGGGAUUUAGGAAGUAGAGAAGUUAUGCAGUCUGUGGAGGUGAAGAAAAUCGCAUGCAAGUCAUUGCCAUAUGACAAGCCCGCAGUUGGUAAAUUGACAAACCAUGCAAGAAAUAUGGAACCAUCCUUCACAAGAGGCAUGCCAGUUUGCCCAAUGCUUCCUCAAAGGUCACCUCGCCAAUCUCGCCUCACGGCUUGUUCUUCUGGUCGUGUUUGUGAUGCUCCCAAUGUAAGAAGUCUCGGGGGCUCUCAGUUGUAUGAUGUUAAUCUAGAUGUCCAAACCAGCUAUCAUGGUCAUCGUGUCCCUCUGGUUUCUCUCAUGAGUAGAUGGAAUGGGCAAGCAAUUGUAGGCCAUCCGACUACGGUUGAGGUCUUGGAAGAUGGUCACUGUGAUCUCCUGAUGAGUGGCAUUGACAGUGGUCGUGCAAGUAGCAAUCAUGAUCUGUAUGAUGUUCUGAUAGAGAAUCUGCCAGAGAAACCCAAAGACAUUGUUAAUGGCCUAUUGCUUAUGGAUGGGAGCAGCAAAAUGACUGGUGCCUUGCAGAAUCAGAUUGGGUAUGCAGAUCUGCCCAUUCCAGAAGCCCGAAGGAGCACACGGCAUCAUUCAACUGGUAGGUCUCCUUCCUCGAGAAAGAAGCCUCCCAAAAAGAUUAGGAAAUGUGGGUUCUUGUCUAAAAAGACCCGCAAACUUUCCUCGAUCACCGUUGAUCGUGAACUCAAACGAGAAGAGAGAAAACCAGUGGUGGAGAAGGGGGGACCUGUUAUUGCUUGUGUACCUCUGAAGCUUGUUUUCAGUAGGAUAAAUGAAGGAUUGAGUGGUUCAGUGCGGCCCGCACACCGUAUCUUGACGUCAAAGGAUAUGUGAUUGGCAUUGUACAUCCUGACUUAAAAGGUAGGAAUGCAGUAGGCGGAAUCUCUUGGAUCCGCCGAUAUAGUUUUAUGGUUGUAGGUUGUCAUGGCUCUGUAUAUGAUGUAGCAUACUUUGAAUUGUAAAGAUGGCGGGCCGGUUUUAAUUAAUGAAAUACAUGAAAUCAGUUUUUCAGUUCUA